UACUCUUACAGACGAUUUACGGCUGGGUUUGAAUCGUUUUUGGGAGCUGGAUUCAGUACAUCCACAACACAAACAGACAUGCGAGGAGCGAUCCUGCGAAGACAUUUUCGUAGAGACCACCUAUCGCGAUGCGGAUGGACGAUAGCAGAAAUCACGACACCGCAUAAAACAAGAUAAAAACGCUGAUUUUCAAAACCUACCACAGACACAAAAAAUUACGACGAAGAAAAAAUAGACUAAAAAAGUCCGUAAGACUCAAAACUGCGUGUGAUAUUAAUUUAAUUAAAAAAGUAUUUAUUCUGACUGCAUUUAGAAUUUAGAAUUCGCUAUUUAAAAAAUCCGCCAUUUAGAACUCGCCAUAGACUAAGGGAACAGAUAAGAAAAGAGGCAGGAAAAGAAAAAGGCUGGAUCAAAGGAGGCUGUAUGCGAUAAAAUCGGACAGUAAAAUGAAAGACAGUAUGAAAUCCUGCGAACACACGAUAUCAGAGGAUGUCGUGUACAAAGAAGUUGUUGUUAUCGGCAAUGGCCCCAGCGGCAUGGUGACGUCAUUCAUGCUGGCCGGCAACGUACCCUACCUGAAGGACAUACCUGAUGACCUGCCCAUUGACGAAAUGCUUAGAGCCAGAUUAUCAAACGUGCCCAAAGGACAGAGUUUGUACGAGACAGACCUUAUUGAACUCGCUGAGGGACUUGAAGGAAGAAGCCACAACCCCAUACCUCUGCUGAUGGACAAUUUGCUAAGACCCUGCGCAGAUAUGGGAAUACAGGCAGACUCAUUAAUUGAGUGGAAGUUUGACAUAGAGAAACAGAUAUCGCACAUAGUGCUAGGCCGCGGUCCGCCGGGCGGCGCGUGGGCGACGUUCCCGGCGGGCGUGCGCACCCUGUCCCCCGGCGCCUGGCUCGCGCUGCCGCCGCACGCGGGCGCCGGCGCCGCCCGCCUCACUGCGCGGGCGGUAGCUGCCUACUGCCGGCGGUAUGUCGCCGCGUGUAAGCUGCAGGUGAGUGAGUACACAUCGCACCCUGUCCCCCGGCGCCUGGCUCGCGCUGCCGCCGCACGCGGGCGCCGGCGCCGCCCGCCUCACUGCGCGGGCGGUAGCUGCCUACUGCCGGCGGUAUGUCGCCGCGUAAGCUGCAGUACACAUCGCACCCUGUCCCCCGGCGCCUGGCUCGCGCUGCCGCCGCACGCGGGCGCCGGCGCCGCCCGCCUCACUGCGCGGGCGGUAGCUGCCUACUGCCGGCGGUAUGUCGCCGCGUGUAAGCUGCAGAAAUUCUUCCGGUCGGGCGUGACAGUGACGAGCGUGACGCGACUGCCGCAGCCGGCGCCGCUAUGUCACAACACUAACUGUGCACUCAACGCACAGUUCUGCGUCACUGGCUACGACACAGCGUCAGGCUCCCCGCUCCGCUACGUGUGCUCGCGCGUGGUAGUCGCGUGCGGCGGCGGCGACCGCCCCAACGCGCUCGCGCCGCGCCUCGCCGCGCACGCGCUGCACACGCUCUCACAACUAGAACGAGCUGUUACGCUGCUUACUACGCACGUACCGACAGCAUCAGUCCUCAUAGUAGGGUCCGGCGUGUCGGCGGCGGACGGCGUGUGGCUGUCGCUCAGAGCGCGCCUACACGUGCGUCACGUGCACCGCGCGCCUGCUGACGCGCUGGCGAGGCUCGACCCACUGGCUUACCCGGAUUAUUGUCAGGUUUAUAAGAUGAUGUGUGACGGUCCCGCGGGCAACCACAACAACUACACGCCCUACCCCGAGCACAGCAUCGUAGACAUCACGCCCGAGCCUGACGACCCGCACAAACUCCACGCCGACCACGAGGACCUCUGCCUCUCACUCAAGAGGGUCAAACUCCUCAACGUCAACACCAACCAAAUCACAGAGGUCAAGGUCCAUCUAAUCGGAGUCUACAUCGGAUCCAAACCAGACCUCUUCUUCCUACAAACUAACUACCUCGACUGCAUCAACAUCAAAAUCGACUGCACAAAAUGCAUCGACCAAACAAAAAUCUCACAAAGAAAAAUCGAAGAAAAACAAUGUUUCCUCAAAAACCACUGGCAUUUCAUCAAAUCUAUGCUCGGACAAAGCAUUCAAAGCUGCAAAUCCAGAUAUUUAAACUAUUCAGAAAUUAAUGGCAACACUGACACAAAAUGUGUGUUACCAGACUGUAACAAAAGGCCCAAAGACAAAGACAGUGAAAUCAUAGACAAAUGUCAAAUCAUUCCAUACUCGGAUGAGGAGAAAGUAAAAUGUACUUGUGAUGAAAUGAGUCCUUAUUCUGCAGGUUUAGGUUUUGGUCUUGACCCUGAGAAACCUGUGGACGGUAGGAAUAAUCCUAUAGCUAUAGACAAAUCUACGCAUGAGAUCUUGAAUGGUCCGGAAGGCAUGUACGCGCUGGGCCCGCUGACUGCAGACAACUUCAUGCGGUUCAUCCCGGGCGGAGCGCUAGCACUCGUCUCGCACAUGCAUCAGAACAAACACUGACUUGCCAUAACCAGUAAUGUGAUUGCAAUACUUAAUUUGUUUUUUACACAAUAAAUUAUUUUUUAUACCCUGUC